GCAUCGUCGAUUUUUCAACAAAACAGCUGCAAGUUCCACCAUUUCCUAGAAUUUGACUGACGAAUCGAACUGUCAGUUAGGCACCAAAGCGUCGGCGACCAACUAAAGGUGCCUGACUUGCAAGUAAAGAGUUAUCGCUCCAAGACAACGCCGAGGCGGACGGACCUAUUGAAAAUGGGAAGCACACAUAUCUCCAAAGACUUGCAAUCAAUUUUCAGGGUAAUCGAUGAGAACAAGGCUGCAAUGGUGGGUUCUCUCAAGGAACUGGUCUCCAUUCCAAGCGUGUCGGCGCAGACCAAACAUCGAGCGGACGUUAAACGCUGCAUCGACUGGACUAAAAAGGCGCUGGAAAACGAAGGUGUGCGUGUGGAUCUGGUGCCGCUGAUAGGGGACCAAAAUCUCUGCUACGGCAAGAGCCGGUCUACGCCUCCAGUUCUACUGGGUUCCACGGAAUACGACAGCAGGAAGAACACUGUGAUGGCAUACGGCUACCUAGAUGUGCACCCGGCUAAAAAAUCGGAUGGCUGGGACAUGGAGCCGUUCGUUCCAGAAGAUAGGGAUGGCAAGGUCUACGGCCGAGGAUGUGCUGCUGGCAAAGGGCCCAUGGUUGCCUGGAUAUGGGCCUUGAAGGCGUUCAACAUAGCCGGCGUGGCGUUGCCUGUCAACCUCAGAUUCGUCAUCGACUCCACGAAGGAAGUGGGCUCCCAAGAAGUCAUGGAUUAUAUCCAGUCGAAGAUGAGUUCCGAUUUUUACUGCAGAACCUCCAGCGUUGUUCUGUCAGAUGGCUGCUGGCUUGAAGGAAGUAAACCUUGCAUUUCCUUCGGCCUAAGGGGCAUGUGUUACUUCCAAGUCGACGUGACAUGUGCCAGUCAAGACCUGCACUCUGGCGUCUAUGGAGGAACAAUCUCGGAAGGCAUGUCUGACCUGGUCAGUCUGCUCAACUCUCUCACUGAUGAUGACGGCUGCGUCUCAGUACCGGGCUUCUGCGAUGAACUGGCCACCAUCACGGAAGAUGAAAACCGGAUUUUAGAACACGCCCUCUUCGACCUGGAGACCUUUCGCAAGAAUCUGGGUGUGCCUCAGCUGACAGAAAAAGACAAGGUGGAGGCAUUAAAGCGCAUCUGGCAGUGCCCAUCUCUUAGCAUUCAUGGCAUACAGGGAGCUUACUCCGGUUCUGGUGAGAAGGCGGUGAUUCCAGGUCACGUGAUCGGCAAGUUCUCCGUUCGCACAGUGCCAUAUCAGCGAAGCGAGAAAGUGCGCGAACUCAUCACCAGGCACCUCGAGAGCGAGUUCGCCAAGCGCAAUAGUCCUAACAGACUGAAGGUCACCAUGACAACCAGUUGCGAGCCGUGGACAACGUACCCAAGAACCGCCAAUUUCCGAGCCGCGCAAGCUGCCGUCAAGCAAGUGUACGGCACGGUGCCAGGCCUUAUUCGCAGUGGUGCCAGCGUAGCCGCUGCAUCUACGCUGUACGGCAGAGCGAGCCUCAACACGAUCCAGGUGCCCAUCAGUGCGGCCAGCGGCUACUGCGUCAACGAGAACAUUCCCGUCGAUGACUUGGUUCGAGGGGCCAAGUUGUUUGCAGCUUAUUGCUACGAAGUCGCCAGGUUUCCGUGAAGCGUCGAACGGUUCAGCACCAGAGGAAAAACAACUUCCACCUUCCUUGCUUUCACUCACUUGUGAGCAACUGGCUUAAAUAAAGAAGUUUCCCCAAAACAUCGUCGUGAA